AUGCCGCAGGGUAGCUCGUGUGAUCUGAGGAAGGUUGCUGGCGAGAAAGGUAGGGUUGGCAAUAGGUAUUGCCACAACUACUGGGGCAGGUUUUGUUGGUGUGAUGCGGAUUAUGAUCCAGAGAGUGAGAAGGGCACUAUGUAUCAGUGCUUGUUGGGCGAUGCCUGUGGAGAGGAUUGGUUCCAUGAUGGAUGUAUUGUGGGCGAAAAAAACGCUGAGAAGGAUCCGAAGGUGGAGGAGGCGGUUGUCGCAGCUGUUGAAGGAAAACAGGAGACUAUGGAUACCACAGCUAUAGAGGGACUAGAGGAAAAGACAGAGCUAACAGAGUCGGUCCAAAACGGCGAUGAAGAAGAGGAGGAGGAGGAACGUCCCGCCGGCUUUCCCGAGGAAGAAUCUUUUGAGCACUAUAUCUGUUGGCUCUGCGUAGAGAAGAACCCAUGGCUACUUCGUUAUGCUGGCACACCAGGGUUCCUUUCGGCUGUCGACAAAAAGGACGCCCCACUCUCUGCAGCUGCAGUUGCCCCUACUAUAGCUCCAUCUAAUAACCUCACCUCCGAGCCUAUUGCUCCAGGAGAUCUAGAAGCUACAAUAAUAAGUGAUAAGAAACGAAAGGCAGAGGACGAAGUCGUAGAACCAGGCCACAAACGCGCGAAAACACCUGACGCCGCGAUAGCGCUCUCCUCAGACCCCGGAAACAGCUCUACAGAAGUCCCUAUCUGCAUCUACAAUAACCUUCCCCCUCCACCGCCUUCAACUUAUCAUCAAUCUCUCUUUCUCACAGCCAACUUUCGCACGCAUCUCUGCCGGUGCCCCACCUGUUUCCCCCUUCUUGCGCCACACCCAUGUCUCCUCGAAGAAGAGGAAAGCUACGAGCCACCCCUUGAUGCCUCCGAAGAUGGCGCCUCAGUUCACUCUGGUGGCUCCCUUUUUGAUCGCGGAGAGCGCGCACUGGGCAUGGUGGACCGCGUACACGCAAUCGAGGGCGUCAUGGCAUAUAACCAGCUCAAGGAGAAGGUAAAGGACUUUUUGAAGCCUUUUGCAGCCAGCGGAGAGGCAGUUGGCGCCGACGACGUCAAGAGAUAUUUUGCAGAGCUGAGGGGUGAUGUGCCUGCGAAGAAGGACGACGGUGGUGCGGCGGAUAUCGCUGGGAAAAGGGAGGAGAGUGCAAAGUAG